AAGGAGAAGUCUAAAGAUUGAAGCGAACGGGAGAGGAAUGAAAAUGUCAUAAACAAGGCGAUAGAGAAAGAUACACAGUUGAUUAUAUAUAUAUAUAUAAAUGGCUUCUUCUGGUAAAAUUAUGGCGGCAGCUGCAGAGAGGGUCGGUACAGCGGUUCGUCGUCAAGUUCUAACCCUAACGGAUGCCGCAGCUGAAAGGAUUCAUCAGCUUCUGCAGCAACGUCAACGCUCUUUUCUUAAGCUCGGUGUAAAGGCUCGAGGCUGUAACGGCUUAUCUUACACCCUCAAUUACGCAGAUGAUAAAGGGAAGUUUGAUGAAUUGAUUGAGGACAAGGGUGUCAAGAUAUUGAUUGAUCCAAAAGCUCUUAUGCAUGUAAUUGGUACUAAGAUGGAUUUUGUGGAUGACAAACUCAGAUCGGAGUUUGUCUUUAUCAAUCCAAACUCAAAAGGCGAAUGUGGGUGUGGAGAAUCUUUCAUGACGGGAGGCAAAGGUGAUGCUGCAAAACCUGGUGGCGGUUCAUGAACAUAAUUUGUGAUAAACACUUGUAAGAGAAUAUGUCUCUUAGCUGAGGCUGAGAAGUUUUCAUGGCUUAGAAAUAGAAUGAUAUAAUAAAAUGAAAACAAGUUUGUCUGUUGAGGUAAAAACACAGUUUGGAAUUUAUUUAUACUGGGAUAUAGGUAGCGCUUUUGUUCAAAUGUUUUUGUGUACAAUUGGUCAAUUUAAGUAUGCAGAUAUUGAAAGUGGAAUAAUAUUUUGGUCAGAUUUCUUU